GCCUAAGUCAUUGUGAUUGCGACGCUCGUCAACACAAAACCUCGCGCCCAAGUCCAAAAUCCACCGAUAAGUCCCAAAAUCCAAGAAGAAAAUCAGUUGCGAUUGGUCAAGGAUUACAUAACUAUUUUGAAAGGAGAAAAAUUGGGCGAGAUCUGGGAAUUAGCUACGACUUUCCUCCGGCAUCUCAUCACAAGAAUUGAGUUAUGCAACGGCUAUGGUACCAAGGGAGAGAGGCUGCAAGCUUUUUCGACCAAUCGAGAAAUGUAUCAAUUAAUAAUCUAGCUGAUAAUUGUCUGGAGAAUAUAUUCAGGGAUCUUUCUUUCGCAGACAAACUCAAUGCAGAAGCAGUUUGUAAGCGGUGGAAGUUUUUGUGCCGCAAGUCGUGGAAAACUGUGACGAGCCUCAAUUUACUGAAACAUGAGCAGCACCGAACUGAUUAUGAUUCACUAUCAUCUGAACAGAAAAACAUUCAGAGCAUCGCGAAGCUUCUCAAGAGAUGUGGAGAUUAUCUGAAGGUCUUAAAAAUUGGCAAUCCUUGUCAUUAUACAAUGCUUCCUUUUGUUUUUAAAUACUGCCGGGUUUUGAGAGAAUUAACCAUCUCUCUUCCCCCAGUUGGGAAUGAUCUGUCCGGUAUUUCGGAAAUUCCAACUCUAAGAAAAUUUUGCCUGACAGAAAUGUCAAGCGAUUCUCAAGCAGCCAUUUUUAAGAUAUUGCCCCCGGAAUUACUGGAGCUCCAUUUGAUGACAAGAGAUAGUCAAAACAAAAAUGAGGUUGAAGAAUACGUAAAUUUUCCUCGUGAUUCUGAUCAGUACCUCAACUAUUUGGAGAACUUGCACAAUCUUCUGCUAAGUGGCUUUCAUCUGGAGGGUUGGGUGGAAAACAUGAUAAAUCGUAAUGUCAAUAUAAGGACCCUGGCUCUCUCCCUUUGUAGCAUUGAGAGUGAAAAAUUCUUUUUUUACGGUCUUGUAAAUUUGGAGUCUCUGUUACUUGACAGCGUUUACCCCGUUGACAACAAUUUUAUCGCGAUACUAUCAGAAUGCUGCGAGCAAUUGACUACAGUGAAUCUCAUAUUCUGCCCUUAUGUCACCGAUAUUGGUGUCAUGUUCUUGUGGCGAUUAUCGCACCUCCGGUAUUUGUGUCUACAUUACAUGCUCAACAUCUCAGAUGUUUGCCUCAGUGGAUUUGCCAGUCUAAAAAUGUUGAUUUGUCACAACUGCUUAAACAUCCGAGAUAGUGGACUCAUUGCUCUCCUGGAAGUUUCUCCGGAAUUAAAGACUUUGGUCGUGACAGGAACAAGUGUCACUUCUGCUGUGCUGAUGGCGGCCAAUGAAGUGAGCAAGAAAUUCGUAGACAAUAUACCAAUUGCGAUAUUGGUUGACGUGGAAGUCGCCAGUACCUGGAUCCGCUAUAAUGACUCCGUUCUGCUGACAGUCGAGAGUCUGGCAGGUAACGACAGAUCUAAACCUCAUAGACCCUCGCGUUAUUGCGACAACCCUCCCAUGUACGAUUCCAGUUACGUAUUUCAGUACCAGUGUGGAUCAGAUUCAGAGCCAGAAGAUGAUACGAAUGAUGAGAUUAUCAUUCCCCCCCGGAGAUGUUUUACAUGGCAAUUGUUUUAACUAUUUUUUUAUUCUAUCUUUUAGCAGCAUGAUCUUGAAGUUAUUGAAGAUUUUUUAAAGGAUUGUCUGUCAUUUUAAAAUUGAAGAUAUCGUAGAUUGAGAUGAGGAUUUACUUAAUUUGACUUUCAAUGAUGUCCGUCUAGUCAUUAAAUGAUAUUUUGUAUUCCUCAAAUUUGUAGUGAUUAUGCUUGGAAAACAUUUUACAAAAUAUGUGGGGUUUUAUGUUAAAAUUGAUGAAUUGUAAUAUAACACGUAUUGACACUUUAUAAUUUUUUAGAAUAAGUUACCGAUCAUUUAUUAAAUACAAUAAAUGACCUAAAUAUAAUAAAUAGGCAGAUGAAAUCGAAUGAAUAAAUAAAUACAUAAAUAGAGGAAUACUUAAAUACAACAAUAUAUCCGCCGUUAAUUAAUGUAACUGCUCUCCAUGACUUUCUCAAUAAAGCGUUUGUAAUGGAA